AUGCUCGAUUUAGCACCCAAUCACACAAUUAUAACUGUUAACAAUCUGAACGUUCGGAAUUUAAAUGUUCUGAGUGAGGGUCGCCCAACAUCAAACGCUUUCGGCCAAAACAUCAACGAGCACAGCAGCGACAGCUCCACCACACCAGCCCACCUCGUCAGCCCUAAAACCGAGUUGGGAGGAAGAGAGAGGUUAGUCAGGUCAGCUGCAAAAAAUCAUGGUUGA